GAGCACCGACAGGCUGACAUCAGCACAAGCGGUUUAUUGUUACCUGAGAUCUGCGUGUUUCUAAAGAAGCCUUCUGAAGGAAUACAUUCCUCUUUUGGAUUUAUAUUUAUAAUUGCAUUAAAGUGAUGGCAGUUACCCAGGCUGGAUGUGACUUGACAUACUGCAAGAUGAGGGGGAUCGUGUCAGUUCUCACCGCUUUCAUUAAAGAAAAAAAGAUGGGCUUAAACGACUUCAUCCAGAAACUGGUCUCCAAUCCUCCCAUUUGUCAACACACUGAGGUUGGUUCCUUCUUAAAAAUCGAUGAGAACCAGAAUGAGGAGCUGGAAGAGAAACACAUGUGUUUGACCAAUCCCAGGAGCUCUUUGGCUGAAGAAACUCAGAUCAAACCUUCUGAUUUUGACUACUUGAAGAUCAUUGGAAAGGGGAGCUUUGGAAAGGUUCUGCUUGCACGGCACAAGGAAAGCGAACAAUACUAUGCAGUGAAGGUGCUGCAGAAGAAAAUCAUUCUGAAAAAGAAAGAACAAAAGCAUAUCAUGGCUGAAAGGAGUGUAUUAAUGAAGAACAUCAAACAUCCAUUCCUGGUGGGGCUGCACUUCUCUUUCCAAACCACAGACAAACUUUACUUUGUGCUAGACUACGUCAAUGGAGGCGAGCUAUUCUACCACCUCCAGCGAGAGAGGGUGUUUCUGGAGCCCAGAGCAAGGUUUUACACUGCUGAAAUCGCUAGUGCACUCGGGUACCUCCACUCCCUGCACAUCGUUUACAGAGACUUAAAGCCAGAGAACAUACUCUUGGACUCUCAGGGCCACAUUGUGCUGACAGAUUUCGGUCUUUGCAAAGAGGGGUUGGAACCCAGCGGAACAACCACAACGUUCUGUGGAACUCCUGAGUACUUGGCACCAGAGGUUCUACAGAAACAAGCGUAUGAUCGUACCGUGGAUUGGUGGUGCUUGGGAUCAGUACUGUUUGAGAUGCUGUACGGACUGCCUCCAUUCUACAGUCGCAACACAGCCGAGAUGUACAACAACAUCCUACACAAGCCUCUAGUUCUGAAGCCCAACGUGUCCAAUGCCGGCCGUGACCUGCUGGAGGGUUUGCUGCACAAGGAUCGAACCAAGAGACUGGGGUCGAAAGAUGAUUUUCUGGAACUAAAGUAUCACUGCUUCUUCUCACCAAUCAACUGGGACGACCUCAUGGCUAAGAAGAUCACACCUCCUUUUAUUCCCACAGUGUCUGGUCCCACUGACCUUCGGCACUUCGAUCCCGAGUUUACCCACUUGCCCGUGUCUACCUCCCUUUGCAACACCGAUUACCUGCACAUCACCAGCAGUGUACGGGAGGCGGCUGGAGCGUUCCCGGGUUUUUCUUAUGGUCCCCCGGCUGAUUUCGCCUUCCAGUAAGGACUUCCGACAUGCACACGCAAACUCCAAGAACGUCCAUUCCAGCUUCACUAAAACCAACGGGAUAGACAGCGGAAACAGAGUCAACCCAGACGAAGGACCAGAGGGUGGGACAAUAAGCUCUUCCAAAGUUUUAGAUCUCAUGUAUGACAUGGAUACAAUCUAGACACCUGUGCAUGUCUAAGAGGAGUAUGGGACGUUUAGAGCCUCGUAGGACACAAACUACUGUAACAACUUCCAGAAAUUAUGCAAGAUAAGUGUGGCAAGAUAAGAAUGCACUGGGGACCUGAGCUCAUAGUGAGCUUAGAAGUGCCUGAGAGGUUCUAUUAUGAUGACAAGGCUGUGGUAAAAAGCCCAACAUUGUAGACUUUGAUGAUGGCACCAGCUACCGGGCAAAAUACCUUCUGUGACCUUUUCACAUUUGAUCAAAGUUUUAGAUAAUGUGUCAUAUGAAACGUUUCUUUUGAUGAUGUUUUAUUUAAUUGUAUUUUCAUGCAUCAUUGCACAGUGGAGGUAAAGGAUCAAGAGAAGUACAAAAUACAUGGAUGGUUUGAAUGGGGAUUAUUAUAAAUCAACCCCAACUUGUACAAGAGAAUACACAGGCUAUCCGACUCAGAUAUCAAUAAACUUUUAACAGAUACGAUUAUCAUCUUCCUAAUAACAAAUGUUAAUUUAAUAACUGCAUUAUUGUUUUAGUAUGGCUUGACUAAAGCCUGUCCUUCAGUCCUAUUCAAAACGUAUCAAACUAUGAGAACAGCUGUAGAUUUAGGCUACACAUUAGAACAAAAAUAGGUUACUUUCCCCAACCACAAAGCUGCUUGCGUUGAUACUUUUGUCUAAACGAGUAGAAGUCUUCCUGUGUUCCUCCAUAAAGGAAUGUUGUGUCUUAAGCAUACUUUCUUUCCUUGUUUUCUCCAAUGCCAGCACUUUAACAUGAUAUGCCAGACACUGUGUUUCUAGACAAUUUUAGUAGUAAACUAGGUAUAUUAAACACUAGGUACAUUGUAUCACAUUUAGUGAGAUAGAUUUAUGUUUUAUACCACAGAUAACAGUUAUCAAACAGAUUGUAAUUAUUUUAUCACAGUUCUCUGUGUUGAUUGCAGUCCAAUGAAAACACAGCAUGACUAUUAGAUUUUAUUAAUUACAAGCAACAUGUGCAGAAGUUACAUGUACUAGCCCAGAAAGAACGGUGUCCUUUUUGUUCAAAUUGUGCCUGUUCAGCUAUUUUAUGUACGUUGCGAUGCAUUUCCAUGUGUGUCUAUCAUUCCUGUCUGCAUGUUCUGGGCUGGACAGAGAUAUGGAAUGCUGUGCAAUAGAUGUGGUGACUUAACUGAGAUGUGAAGAAAUUGUCAUGCAAGACAUUGUUGGGACGAUUGAUUGGUAUCGACUUAGUGAAGAAGAGGGAUUUGGAUGCCCUCAUGAAAGUCAUCCCUAUUUUAAUUGUAAUGUAUUUCAUAUCUUUGGACCAAUAACGUUCUUUACAUUGUUCUUUAGAUAACUACAAAGAAGGCAAUAAAGAUAAAGUUUAUUUUCUUCCAUUUUUGGAAGCUACUCAUGUAUAGUUUUAUAUUUUUCCAUGUAUAUUUAUUUACAUGUCACAUAUUUUACCUCUAAUGAUGAGAGUAUUCAAUUCUUAGAAUGAUGAACUAUUGGAGAAUGAUCUAUAUGAAUGCUUAAUAAAUAUGUUAAAAUGAA